AAUCAUUUCCACUCGGGAACUCGUUAAGUGCGGUCGUGUUAGUUCAGCGGUGAUCCCGGUUAGUGUUUAGUGGUGACAGUGACAGGAACAGUGUUCGACGCGGGUGGAAAAUGAGUCUCACCACGGCAACGGCGAAAUCGAUCGCCACGACUCCUUUCUCGAUCAAUGACAUUCUGACAAGAUCGCGCUGCGUCGCCGAUGGCGAACGACGAAGUUCAGUGGAAUCCUCCGGGAACGAAGAGGAACUUAGUGAAAUCGGGAGGAUGAAGUACUACAAAAGUGUGACCGGUGUCGAUGGGGAAAGUCCGUGCACGGUGGAUCAUAGCGGAUUUUACGGAAAAUUGAACGCCAGCACCGCUUAUUACCACAGUAAUAAUAACAAUAACAACGGGGGUGGCGGGUUUAGCCUAGCAAAUAUUCAUCCCUCGCUGCGGCGAGGAUCGCUAGAUUGUUUCAUGAUACCGGCGGAACGUGGAGAACACAACGCGAUGGGCUCGCGGUGUCCCCUGGAACAGGGAGAUUGCGAGGGUGAGCGAUUCGAGAAGAGGAUCGGUAGUGCCGGUGGUGAAUGCUACCGGAUACGGACGGAUCGGAACGAGAGUCCGCUGGAUAUGCGACGCUCGGCGGAGAAUGAUUCAGAUUGUGACGCCCCAUCACCCUACGGCAACCUGUCUCUUCACAGUGGAUCCCAUCCGUCGGAAGACCACCUGCCAACGACCGCCACCCGAAAGAAGCGUUCCCGGGCAGCCUUUAGCCACGCGCAGGUGUUCGAGCUGGAGCGUCGCUUCGCGCAGCAGCGCUAUCUCUCGGGACCGGAACGAUCUGAGCUUGCGAAAAAUCUGCGCCUCACCGAAACCCAGGUUAAAAUUUGGUUCCAGAACCGGCGCUACAAAACGAAGCGAAAGCAAAUCCAGCAGCACGAGGCAGCCCUGCUGAGCGCAACCAAGCGCGUGCCAGUGCAGGUGCUGGUGCGGGAGGACGGAAGCUAUGGUCCGGCCGUCCUUGCGGGUCAACCGCACUACGCCUCCGGACUUGAUCCGGCUUUGCUCAACGUCUAUAGACAUCAGAUUCAGAUCGCCUACGGAAUGCCGGUGCCCCCGAUGCCGUUCUCCUACUUCUAUCCGUCCAAACUGCCGAGCACGAUCCCAGCGAUGGCUGCUGCUGCCGCAGCAGUCUCGUCCAAGCAACCGCUGAAUUUCUCCACCCGGUCACCGGUGGAGACCACCGUUGAAGGCGUCCACGAACGGCGCCCGCCCUCGACCUCGGCGAGAAGUGACGACGAAAUGGCUUACAACGGACGGCGUGACUGCAAGCCGGAACACGGAGAGCAUCACCGUCGGGAACGGUGUAGCAGUCGUGAUUGUGAGAUGCUAUCGGUGGGGGAUGGGGAGGAAAGUGAGAAUGUGGAAAUUGAUUGAACAGAUGAUUGAAAAGACGAGAGAGUGAUCGUUUAAAGUGUACAUUUGAACCCCAGGAAGCUAAUUGAACCAAAGAGAUAUUUUGUGUUGUUUUUAGUUGUAAGCAAUAGUUAAAGAAAUUGUAAAUAUUGUGCUAGCUAUAACAAUGUGUGACAUAAAACUAGUAAUAGAUGAAAUACACGUGUAAA